AUGCUAAAUAGAAAUUCUAGCAGCAGCGAAUAUAAUGGUAGCGACAGUGGUGCUAUUAAUACAUUGUAUAUUAAUGGUCAGGAUUAUUUGUUACCAUUUACCUGUUUCUAUAGCGACGAAUUUAAUGAACAGUAUGAAAAUGUUUGUACAUUGGGUAUUGACAGUGACAGCUUACAGUUGGCUAAAAUUCAUCAAGCAGGAAAUUCAAUUGUAUUUUUAAAUUAUUUGGCAACUUUUUUAAUUUUAUUUUUAAUAUUGGUUCAAUUGCUAAUAGAUAUUAAACAUUCCAAAACCAAACACUCCAAAUUUUUAGUAUCAUUCAGAAUGUUUUUUUUAUUGGUCACUUUUUUAAUUAUUUUAUCAAAUGUAAUAUUUUCAGUUGGUUUCAAACGAUAUAUAACCAACCACACAUCUCAAUUCGACCCUACUAUUAUUGACGAGUCAGCAUACAGUUCAAAUGUAGCAGCUAUGGUGUUUUCAAUCAUUACCUCCUGUUUAAUAUCGUUUUCAUUUUAUUUAUUAUAUAAGAGAUUUAAAAGAACUAUAUUUUAUGGUAAUGAAAAAACUGGAUAUUCAUUAUUAUAUGUUUAA